CAGCAUUGGGGGCUGAGCUUUAUGCUGCUUUUUGUUGCUUUGCUGUUGCACCUGUGAUUCGAAAGGCACACAGAAGGUCUUUAAAAUGAAAUCUCAGCUGGAAAGAGCCAUGGAAUCCCUAAUCACUGUUUUUCACAACUAUUCUGGCAGAGAAGGAGAUAAGCACAAGUUGAGUAAAAUGGAGAUGAAAAGCCUUCUGCAAGGAGAGCUAAGUGACUUUCUCACUGAAAGCAAAGACCCCUUGGUGGUUGACAAGAUCAUGAAAGACCUUGAUGAGAACCAUGAUGGAGAGGUGGACUUCCAGGAGUUUGUGGUUCUUGUGGCAGCACUGACCAUGGCGUGCAAUGACUUCUUUUUGCAACAGAAUGCAAACAACUAAGCAGUAACAGGGCAAGCUUUAUAUUGAAGCUGCACACUCAAUUUAUGUUUACAAAGUUAUUCAUAUUAUAUAUUAAACCUGAUCUUUGUUGAUGUUCACUGUCUUGAUUGAAUAAAAGUUUCUUUUAAAAUGAUAACA